ACUCUGUUUGUAUCUUAUGCAGAUGUCCACCAAAUUUAAUGUGCCAAAGCUGUUCUCCUAUUAUGCUGAUGAAUUUGAAGAAUUAUCAUUACAAUCUCUGUUUCCAAGGAAAGUGUGAAGAAGUAGAUCAUGAAUGGCUGACAAAGAAGGAUUGCAAACAGUUGGGUCAUCCCGAAGUAGCUCUAGUCAUUCCAGUCUUGGUGAGGAUUCCACAGGAACACCACCUCCAGAAGAACAACAGAAUACCUCUCCUGGUGUAAGCCCUCGUAAGCCAAGUCAAGGGUACCAGUGCCAACUCUGUACGUUUAUUGCGUCCACACAAGCUGCUUUCGAUGAACAUAUGAACAUUCAUACAGGUUCGCGCCCAUACCAGUGUUUAGAGUGCGGCUUCAGUUGUUCAUUACAUAGUACGUUACAGCAGCAUCUGGCAGUCCACAGGGUCGACAUGACGAGUUCCAUCUUAAUUGAUCGUCGCAUGCCAGACAUUAAUAAAGUAAGAGACCUGCCCCCGCCCCUCAUGCCGGAAGUGAGUCGAGGCAUUCCCUUGCAUGUAUCUACCUCAGGUCCCCCUCCAACCAUGGAAGGUCUCAACUCCUUAAGCGCCCUUUCACCAUUUUCUGAACAUGGACGAGUGUACCAGUGUAAGCUGUGUACACACAUUUCUCCUACCAAGACACACUUAAAUGAGCACAUGAAUGUUCAUUCAGGGAAGAAGCCCUACAAGUGCCUGGUUUGUGGCUUCAGCAGUGCCUUCCGAAGCAGCCUAAUGAGGCACUUGAUCGUCCACACUGGCACCAGUAAGCAGUUCAAGUGUGACCAGUGCCACUACCAGACACCCUACAAAUGCAACCUUCAAGCGCAUCGUCGUAAGCGCCAUAAUAAUGUUGAUGUCAAUGGGGCACCGUUGCCACCAUUGUCCAUGACGGAAGAUAGCUCGCCGCCUUUCAGUGCUCAAAAUAAUAUCUCCUCACCUUCAGACGAAGGGCUGUACAAGGCCCCUCUCUAUACCAGUGAAGGCAAACCAGUCUUAGAUACCUCAGGAAGUUUUGAUAAUGGCCCCCCUUCUUUAUCUCAUGCAUUGUCCAUGCAGGAAAAUAACCCCUAUGAUGGCUCAGACAAUAGCAUAAGGGAAGUGGAGAUGGGCAAUGGCAAGAUUGUAAAACAUUCAAAUAUUUCUCUACCUCAUUCAGAAAUAGCCUCCUCAGACACACUAAGUCCCCAGAAGGCAAGUCCAGGAUCAAGUACGGGUCAACCUCAGGAAAUGCCAUCCCAGGAAACACCGGACCUCCCGGGCAACCCCUCACCACAUCUACCUUCCCGGGAUGUCCAUGAAAGCGAUAGCAACCAUAGUGCCCCUUCUAGAUCAGGUAACAUCACUCCUGGCUCUCUGGUGGGUAGCAUGGUCAAUAAUACAAUGAACUCUGUCAUUUCAAAUACAUCUAUAUCUCCUCAACCUCUUCAUCCCAACGAAAAUGCGCCUCAUUGGGCCAACUUUCCAAUCUUUAGACGUAAGAAGGAGGGCGGUGCCAGGAAGCGGAAGAGGACACCCUUUCCAAAGAGGGAGCUGGUUAUGUCACCAGAACAAGAGCAUGGUACAGAGCUCUGGAUUGAUACCAGGUCUGAUGUACCCAACACAGAAGGUCAUGUAGCAGCAGCAUAUGCCAGUGAAGCUAAUCACCCUCUUGGAGUCAAAGCAGAAGGGGUCAUGCCUGCAUUCCAUCACCAGGCAAUGGUCAAUGGUGUUGACGUGCCGGGCUCUCCACAUGACCACAACAUGUACAAGUAUCCUCAUGGAGUUGGCCAGAAUCUGAGAUCCCCUGGUGAUGUGACACCAGACUCAGAUGAAAACUCUGGUCACACGCAGAGGUACUUCAAGCAAGGAAUUUAUGAAGGUGAAGCGGUGACCAACAAUGGUGAAAUAUCUACCUCUGGCCCACAGGCGGCAGACAAGGGCAACAAGAGUAGCAGCAGUAGCGGUGGUGAAGAAGAUGGCAAGAUCGACAGCCAAGCACAGACGGAAUGGAUGGGAGGUGAUCCAGUGGGCAUCCCUCACCAGGCUGUCAAAUGUCCUCACUGCGAGACCUUCUUUACCGAUCAUGUCAUCUUUACUCUGCACAUGAGCUGUCAUGGCACAAGGCAUCCUUUCCAGUGCAGCAUAUGUGGCUACGUCUGUCGGGACAAGAUAGAGUUCACUUGUCACGUGACUCGAAGCCAACAUGUCAGGUAAUGCUUUCAAGCCAUGAAAUAUCUAAAAUAUUACUUUGUUACUUUUAAGUAGGUGUUGGAGCUUUGAACUUAAAACAUUUUUUGAUGCGGGUGCAAAAUAUAUGAAAUAUAAGUGUUUUUGACUAUUAUGUGUCGAAAUGUUCCAUGUUAUACUUAUAGCGCAAGCUUAUUUGUCAAACUGCAAUUACUGUCUAUUUUAUCAUGUAAAAUGUGUAUUAUCAAGUGUAUUGAAAUCAUUCGAGACAAAAAAUCAACAAGUGCUUGCAUUUUAUUUUGUUCAAGCAAAGUCUUAUCAGGAGAACCACUGUUAUAGUUUUAUACUUUUAUAUCCAAUGAGAAUAUUUCUUAUGUGCACUACACAUAUACAUUUAUAUGCCAAGUACCUAGAGAUAACAAAAAUCAUAGCUGGAUUUAUUUCCUCAAAUCAGUAAGUAUAUAUCUAUUUUGGGCCUGUUUCAGGCUUUCAUAUUUGUGAUUUUUAAGUCAGGAUUUCAUAAUACGUAUUGUAAAUUUUGUAACAUUUAUUAUUGUUAUUAUACCUCAUUGUAGUAGUGAUGAUUAGUAGAUUAUAUUGUAGAUAUGAUACUCUAAUAUUUACCAACCCUUAUGGGGGGUUUUCCGUCGAAUGUCUUUUCAUCAUCGUGUGAGUUCACACUACCAAGUAUUAUAGAAUGUAUGAUCCUCAAAACCUUUCAACCUCAAAUGUGAUAACAACAACUCACAAACCUCAAAAUGGAAGUCAAACAUUACAGUAUCAUACAGCCAAAGUUGCCCUUUUCUUCUGUCAGUAGAUUAAGAAUAUCUUUAAAUAUUAAUUCAUUUAUAAAGUUUUGGCUAUUAUAUAAAAGAAUAGUGAACUCCCAUUCCUUCCCAAUUUAAAUCCUGUCCUUAUCACAGAAAAAAAAUUAAGCAGAUGAAUGAUCUAAAACCGCUGUAAAUCAAGCCAAAAUAUGCAAUUCACAAACCUUUAUUUACUAAACCUAUCCCUUUCUUGUAUACUUUUGUAAGCAACCCGAUAACCCUAGUGCAUGCCAGAGGCUUGCCAGACAUAGCAACCAACAAGUAAUGCGAACUAGAUAUCAGUUUACCAUUUAUGGUAUAUAUAUAUUUUGGGUUAGUCCAUAGAAAUUAGAUAUUCAUAAAUUUGAACAAGCUUAGCAAACCUGUUUAUUGAGCAAUCAAAUCACAGGAGUACCUGUAAAUUACUACGCAUUAGCUCCAUUUCUGGUUUUGUGUUUUGCACAUUAACUGUGAUCUUUAAUAGGUUUACUUAUUUUCUGUUUUUUCUCCCAUCUCUGCCUCCCUCGAUCUCUUGCUGUCCUUUCUCUCUCCUGCUCACCGUUCCAUGAGCCAAGAGAUUGCGACAAUCAGCAGCAAUCCUGAGUCUUCUUGCUUCCCUGCUUACUCUAAUUUCAUGUCCUAAAUUUAGUGUUGUAUAGAUUGCCUCAUCAUGCAUACAUUGCUACACAAUCCCUCACUGAGCCACCAUGAAUGUAUGCAUACAUAAUAUUAAGAUGAGAUAAACAUUUCUUCUAAUGCUUUGCCAUAAUCCUUCUCUCCCAUAAUCUGAUCCCUCAACCUAAUUCUUCAAAUUGUACUUCAUCAGCAGUGCCAGAUGAAGGAGAUACUUUUCUCAUCAAAAUGCAUAAGUCUUGAAUCUGAGCGAUGAAGCUGUUUCAUUGCUCAGGACUGCUCACUCACAAUUCCUCUUGGAAACAUGGUUGUUUUAUGAGCAGCCCUUUUACACAUGCUCUAUUUUUUUUCACACAAUAUGAUCCCCUAUCAUAAUGCAAUGUGUUUUUUGUGUCAGGCUUUGGCCCCUUCUUCUCACUUGUUCAUGUUUAUAUACUUGGGCUUUUUACUCUGGAGGAAAUGGACAGUCAUAAUAGCAAGGUCAUGUACAGGGGAUAGUUAUAAAUUUAGCUCUGCUUGCUUCACAGGGGCUCCUUUUACACCAAGUUCAUAUCCUGCCUGCCUGAUGAUUCAAUGUCCUUGCUCCUGACAUACUUCUUUCCUUCUCAUUCCAUCCUCUUCCCUUUUUGUCUCUUUUCUUAACGAUACUUCAGACCAAAUUGAGAAUAUUUAUCAGGAUUUAAUUCCACCACUAAUAACUGCCCCCACACUUCCAAAUUCAGAUCACUAAGACAUGUCAUUUAAAUGGGAUACAGGGUAUAGUAUCAAGCAUUAAGUACUUCAACUAAAGAAUUGUUACAAGUUGAAAAGUAAAGGAACUCUUUCCCUUCAGAAUAUAAGGAGAUGGGGGUAGGUAUCAUCUAACUGAACGAAUGAAAUCUUUAAUUCUUUAGCCAGGUUCUAAGUCCAUCCCUGAUCAGUGCUAGCCAAAGAGCUUAUUUGCAGUGAAGACGCAAUUGGCUCAGGUUGUUCAUGAAUAAUAUCCUGGUUCGUUUAGACCUUAUAAACGUCAUCUUUGAAUCAGAAGCUGUGGCUACUAUACCAGCUGGAGUGAGAAUAAGAGUCCAGAUUCGUGAAACUUUGAUUGUGCUUCUCAAGUCAUCGAUCAGUCUUGAAUUGAUCUCUGGCAAACUGUCUGCCAAAAAAAAAUGAGAAAAGUAAUCCUUUUCCUUUUCUCCUUCCACUCAAUAUAUUUUUACCCCUCAUCUUCCCUCUCCACCCCUCUCUGAAAAUUUCUACCCACCCCAACUCCCUUUCUUCUUGUUGUUUACAUGUUGCACUCUGCAUUUAAAGACAGCUUUGUUGAUCAUAUUUCUUAAAAGUCAUUUUACCAGUUUCACACAUUGCACAGGCAAGCAGGUCACACACACACAUGCUUCAUGUUUAUAAUUUUGCAUCCUUUUAGAACUUGUCUGUUAUAGCAACAAGUUAACAACUACCAAAAUAACGAGCUUUGCACCAUUUAAUGAAACUCCGCAGCCCUGACAAAAUGUAGUUCUCUAUAACAGCUACUCUAGUAACAAGUCAGUGAUAGAUUUUUUUCACCUGUCGCCACUUUAAAAUGAAUUCUUUCUUUUUCCUCACACAAUUGAUAAUCUUUUUCUUUUGAAUAUCUACUGCUCUAUAAUAGUGUACAUGUAAAGGAAUUAGGGGAAUGCGUGAAGGUAAUAAAAAAUAUUUAAUAAAAUCACAUUUUAUUACAACUAUCACAUAGCCCUUGUCACCAACACAAGUCACAGUGAAUCAUUGACUGUAAUGGGGAAGAUAAAAUGGUUAGCUGAAAUGAAAGUCCAUUGUUGUGUAUUGAGUUCUUAAAAGAAACAGUGAUUAACCCCCUUACUAACAAUGUCUAAUUUUACCUGAUAAGUUCUAACAGAAUUUUCGCAUUCUAUAUUGUUUCCAUCGAACCAACUCCCUCUUUCCUUACGUGAUUAGUGCGAUACACUGUUGAUCAGAUUGUCUUGCAUUAAUUUGUAAAAGAUGUACAUUUUGAAAAAUCUCAGGCUGCAAGAAACUGAAAUAUACAUGAAUAAAAGAUUUCUAGCUCACUUGGUCACUCGCAGGACUGGUAUUAAAAUCAAGAUCCCAAUCAAGAAUUAAACAAAUAAAGUGAUUACGGGUACUUGUUUGUGGGUCUUGGUGAAUAUCAUGCUUUUGUCAUGUUAGUCAAUACUUAUUCUGAAAUUUCUCAAAAUAACUUCCCGUUUGUGAUAUCUAUCAAUAAUUAUGUUGUUUCCUCUAAAUUUCAUUGAUUAGAUAACAUUUUGACAUGAAUCCCGACUCAUGUUCAAGACAUAAGACGGCUGGUAAGCUAAUUUGAUACUAUUUUGACCAUAUUGCAUAUUCUAUGGGAAACAGGAAAUAACAUUCAUUGUCUGAGAACUUUGAAUGAUUAAAAGGAGACACUGUACAUGUUUUGUGUAUUAUAGAACUUGUAAAAAAAAUAAUAAGUAACUGAAUUUGAAUGGCUCUGUUUCCCAUUUACUUGUCUUUUUUUUCGCUCUCUCUUCUUAGCUGCAUUUCAAUUUUUUAUUCAGAAAUAAUUCUUUAUGCUGCAUGCACUCUUUCUGCUGCCUAGAAUAAGUAGACAAAAAAUUGUAGAUUAUUAGUGCAAAUAACAAUUCUGUAUAAUCAUGUAGGCUUUAAAAGAGAUAUUAUAAAAGGAUUAAAUGGGAUUUUUUUCAUCAUUUUUUGUUACCAAUACCACUUUUGUUCUCCCAUCAAAGAGUUCAUUCUGUGCUUUUGCUUCUAUGUCAUGCUUGUAGCUUUCAGCGCUCAAAUCAAAGCUAUGCUGUUGGUCACAUUGCUGCUACUACUACAACCUUUAGUCAUAACACACACAUACAUCUCCAUCAGAUUGCCAACUCAUUUCUAUUUCUCUGUCCAAAAAUAGUUUAUUUUUUUUGCUUAUUUUCCCCCAAACUUUUUUUUGGCCCAAUAUGUUUUAGUAUCAAUCUAAAAUCUAUGUACAUUUCGGAGAAAUGUCCCACUCCAUACUAAAGAUUACUAAAUAACCUUGUGCUUCUUUAUAGUUUUAUGAAAGCAUUUAUUGUCAUAUCACCUGGUCCAUUAUGUAUUCAGGGAUUAAUAAAGAACAAAACUUUUGCCCAAUGGGAAUAUCAGACUGCUUAACUGAAUAACUACCUCAUCUCUGUCCUAUGCCUAUACACUUUGAAAUAUAAAGACCUAACUGAUAGUCACACGGACCAAUUCAUACUGGACCUGUCUAUUGGAAUGGUCCAUUAGAUCUAGAUCCAUUUAGUGUUGAUUGGUCUCUGAAAGCAACUACAUAUAUAUAUAUAUAUAUAUAUACAGGCCAGCCUUUCUAAUUUUUCAGAACAAGAUCAUAUCAUCUUGACGCUCAGAAAAGAUACCUAGCGUAUAACAACAAAAACAAUCAUAAAAUGGGUCGCUGAUUAAUGUAAAAAAAAAUGAAGAUAUUUCCCUUCAUGGUAUUUUAAGUUGGUUUUGGUGAUCUGGGUAUCUUUUGCACAGAAAAUAAUGGAGCUAUAUACUGACAAAUUGUGGUAAAGAUUUGGUAAAGAUUAUAUUGGACUCAUUUAUGUCUGACAAUUAUUAUGUUUCCCUGUAGUGAAUUCCACCAUUUUGAUCACAUUCAGGCCUCGUUCUGUAAGCAGUGUUAUUUCCCUUAAUGAAGGCUUUCAAAUAUCAUUACAGGAUUAGCUAAUAUCAGAGAUGUUCAUGAAAAUUGUCCCCUCAUUUCAUGCAUAUAAAAGUAAUUUCAUUCCCCUCCCCCGCCCAAAAAAAAGAGAGAAGAUAUUGUUAUUUUGGAACUUCAAAGUUUAGGUACUUUAUGCAUUUCUUUAGAUGAGAUCUUCAUUUGACGAUGAAUUUACCAAAGCUAAUAAUUAGCUUGAAGAUGAGGUGAUUUCCAAUGAGUUUAAUUCAAGCCCACCCACCCUCUUGAAAUAUUUAGUUCUAGCUCAUAAUAAUCCUUUUUGUGUUUUGAUCUGUCAUUUAUUUUAACUGCAGCAAGAGAAUAAACACAUCAGAGUUGUGCUCAUUUUAGCUAUUUUAAGAGUUCACAUUUCCCCUAUACGCAUUAGUUUUCAAGUAGUGGAAUCCUUUUUUUGACAAGGUAUAUGAUCAUUAAUGAUCAAGGAAUAUCACACCCAAUCUCUUGUAUAGGGAAUUGUACGCUGUUUUACCUGAUGAAUUAGCUGGCAUCAUUUAGUCAAUUGCAAUUAGUGAAUUUAACUCAGGGAAAUAUCAUCAUAUCUUCUGAAAUAGAACCUAGAGAUACCCAAAUUAAAAAAAAGAUCCUCUCUUAUCUCUACUUAGUAUAUAUGAUUUUAAAAAAGAGCAAUUUAAUGUUGACAGCACUCAAGUUUCUCUAACAUGGUAUCCAAUUUAAACAUUUUUAUUUAUUUGUGGGGGUUUUUUUGGGGGGUUGGGGCAUUUUUUUUUAUAGGUACCUGGAUGUUUUGUGAAAGUGUGAUAACACUAUACAAUCAGGAAUUCAUUAUAGUUCCAUACUGAUUAUAUAACCACUAUCACUCAUGUAGUACUAAUGUUCAUAUAUGUCCAAACCAUGAAAAAAUACAGGUGUAUUAAUGUAUUUGUAAGUUUAAUUUUUUGGUUUUUAUUUCUUAUUUUGUUUUCCUGGUGUUGAAUGUGCUGUGUACAUAAGAAUGCUACCUCAUAUCUGGCUUUACUUAGAUAUUAAAGACAAAUAAUUAACCCUUCUGUUUUAUAGUCACUUUGAAUUUAUGAUCACAAUCCUUUAAAGACUAAUGCUUCAAUGAAGAAGAAAAAGUAAGUAAAUCACUUCAAAGCAAACAAAAAUGAUUUUCAUUUGACAAGUGUUGAAAUGUAUUAAAAACUUAAUAAAUAAAUAAAUAAAGGAAUUAAGGCAAUACAAAUAUUAUGUUGGCGGCAUUGUGCAGUUUUUCGAACACAUCUUCUAAAGUUCCACAUUAUCAUUUCAUUUAUGAAAGAGGUUAUUAGCACUUUUACCUCAAUUGUAAAUUUGCAAUGACUGAAAAAUGAAGAAAGUUUGGAAAUGGAAAGUGCAUUAUAUGUCUAAAUUACCUCACUGUUUGUAUCACAUCUCUAUUAAGCCAUAUGUAUGGAACAGUUAUAAAAUGAUUUCAUAUAUUUUGGAGGAAACAUAACUUACGAGUAUGUUGCACAAAGUAGAUAUGAAAUUUCCAUAAGAACCAUCAUCAAAUCAUUGGUUUUUCCUUUUUUUUAAUGAAGACAAAGUGAUAUUUUUUCAAGUUUCUGUACUACAUUAUUUAUCAAGAUUUGAAAACAGGUGGUCGGUUUAAUUGUACACAUAGUUUACUCUUCAUUCUGUGUUUAGAAAUGUUAAAUAUUUUCACCUCACUUAAAUGAAUCACAUCAAACUAAUAUAUUCUCUUGUGAUUUGUCAAUUUUAUGAGAUUAUGAUAUUGCUAUGUUAUUGGUAAAUGAGAUUUUAAUGAAUGAGGGUACUUGUUGUAGCCUAUGUAAAUAUUUGAUAUUUGUUGAAAAUCUACCUCACUAACUAUUUGAAAUAUGAGAGAUUCUGGUUGACCAUUAUUAGGCCUGUAUCUCUCGGCCACCGUAGUGUAAAUUGAGUGCAUUUUAUUUUGUUUAUCCUUUAAAACUUAGAGGUAUGAGAUUGUAUGAAAAGGAAGAAUAGUAGGUGUAUUGUGGACUUCUGCAGGGAAUAUAAGUUUGUUUGUUUUUUGUCAACAUGCAUUUUUUUUCUAGUUGCUGUUCUUCUCUUUUUUCUAGACUCAUUCUGGUCAUGGCAUUGUGGGGUAUUUCAGGAAAGAUGAUUGUUUUUUUUCUCCAUUGUAAUUGUGACAUUAUCUCUCACCAAACAGUGUCAUGGUUGGAUGGAUGUGUACAUGUGUAUUAUAGAACUGUUUGCUCUCGCUUCAAGCACAAUGUAUGUUUUAGUGAAAUGAAGUCAUAAGAUUGUAUAGUAUUAUAUUAGCAUUAGUAAUUGAUGUAUAACCUAUCUGGUAUGUUUAGAAUGUGAGCCCUAUGGUAUAUAACAGAUCUCAAAGUACAUCUAAAAACAUAAUAAUGUUUGUACUUCUGUUGGAAGUGUAUGAAAAGAAGAACAGAUUCAAAUCAAGAUCACAUUUUUUUAAUGGAUUAUACCUAAGGGUUUUGUUUUAAAUGCUGCAAAAUCUAUUGAAAUAAAAUGUUAACGCAAGAAAGUGUACAUGUUGUCUUUUUCGCAUAUUAUAUAAUUUUUUUUGAAGGAAAAGCUCAAGUAAGUAAUGAAUAACUACUUGUUAAAUAGUUAAUAAGAUGGAUUGCAUACUGCUCAAUAUUGAUCAACAAGCCUUGUAUAUUUUCACAGCCAUAUUCAAUGUUAUAACCAUGGCCAGUAUAAACUUGCUUUCAAGUUUUCCAUCUCAUGAUGAUUAAUUGUUCAUAUAACCCAUUGUGUAGGUAAAGCCAGUCACAGAUUGGAUUUCAAACAAAUUGUUUUCAGUAUAUAGACCAUUCAGCCAUUUUAAAAUAUUAAUAAUUGGGCAUUACCUCCCAUAUCAUGCAUAAAGGGAUUAUUGAUUUGUAGUGAUGAUGGUUGGAAUGGUUGACAAACUUUCUCAAGGGAAAGCAGAAAAAAUAUGUAGUUUCAACGAGGAUGGUGUUUUUGUGAUUUCAGUACUACCACAAUGACUGAGUAAUUGCAAUAAUAUUCUUAAGAAUUUAAGGGGGAUGAGCUGUUAAAAAUAACCAGUUAACAAUUGAUCAAGUUUGUGGGAUUAGUGGAUCCGAAGCUGAGAGACACUAAAAAAAAAGAAGCCACAACUAAACAUACUGAGACUUUUAAUAAAACUAAUCCAAGUACUCCCCCAAUGACAAAUGAAUACAGAGUAACAAAAAAUUGACAAGAAUAGCACCAUAUAUUUCAUUGAUUUCAGGUGUAAAAAUGAGAAGGUUGUGACAUUUGGAAGUUUAGAGACUUAAAGCUAUCAUACCUUUCUUGAUGCUUGUUUGAUUUUGUAUUUUCACUCAAAUAAACUUCUUGUUGAGAUGGACUUGACCCUAAUUGUCAAUCUCAGUAGUUAGGGUAUACUUACAACUAGGGCCAGAGUGUUUCAUAGCUGAUCUUAAAAUGCUUAACGAAGAGGAAAUACUAACAUUUAAAGAACCCUAAGAUAAUGUUUUGAAUAAAGCAUUCAUUUGGUUUGGUUUUUUUCUGAAAUAUUUUUACUUCUUGAAUUGUCUAGAGGGAAAACAUGCAUUUUAGAAAGCUAUUCUACUUGUAAAAACAGUCCAAAAAAGACAUCCUUCAAAAAUUAUAUAUUAAAAAAUAUUUAUGAUACUCAAGGAAUCCUCAAAGAUUUGCCAUGUGGGCCGUUUUGGAAAAAAACUAUCAUCUGUGUAGCUUCAGGAAUUUGGUACUUGUUAUAAAUAUUGGAAGAAAUCACUGAAUGGCAGGUUUAAUUAUGUUGGGAAUGGGCUAUUUAAUGAUCCAUUUUAGGAAGUUAGAUUAUUGUAGAACGAGUAGAUAGAGCGGUGUGUAUAGAGUGAACUAGUAUUUACUAUUAACCAGUGAUUGUGUAUUGAGAGAAAAUCAUUUGUAAAGUGCAUGAUAAGAUAAAAAAAAACACUAUUUUGUGAGGGGCAGGUGUCGAGGGACCCUAAGGGGAGCCCCCUCUCUCUCUGAUAAUCCCUUCCUAAUUGUAUCUCAGGGACUAAAUGCUAUAUGUUUAAGAUUAAUACCUGAGCCUUUUUUUGUAUUAUGCAUGCUUUUGUUUCCCAUGUUGUAAUGUGUGAUGACAAAAGUUAUAUGAUGUUUCACUGGAGAGAGUUAUUUCAGGGAUAUCAUAAUUCAGGCUUUAUAUAGGUAUAUAGAUAUAUAUAUGUGUAUGUGUUAUAUAUAUAUGUGUGUACCUAUGUUAAGGAUCCUGACUUUUUUUUUCUUUUUCUCGCAACUAUAUUUGUACAUUUGUUGAAUAUAUUCAAUUUUAUACUGUGUAACAUGCUUGCUAUUUUCUUUCUACUUUUACAUUUUUUUUCUGAGCUUCUUGCAGUUUUAGUGCUAUUAGGAUACCCUGUCAAUAAACAGACUUGGAGAAAGUUCUUUAGCAUGUAUCAGUAGUGUAAUGUAACAGACAAAAUGGAAGACUUUGACUCUAUUUAAAUGUGUGAUUUGGAGCACGAUACUGCUGUGUAUAGUUUUAGCACACUAAUGAAAUAAUUGUACUGUUACGUGUAUUUUACCAAGUUUGGGCAUUGUUUUACUGUCCACAUCAGUCAAUGUUAGCUCACAAUACACACAUAGAGGCAAUGGAAUCUGUUGUAUCUAUACCCCAAAAUGUAUUUAUUUUCUUUCAAAUUGGACUUGAUCCUUUUUUGUUCCAGAGAUGGGGUAUUAACUCACAUGUAUACGUGUAUUUCUCAGGGAGUUCUCAUCAACUCAAAAAUUGAAAGAACCUUAUUUGUACCUUCUACAGGAGACGAAGUUGCUGGUAUGUUUUUACUGAAAAUAAUAGCAUUGCCAAACUUGUUGCAUUAAUCAGAUUCCAUUGCCCUUUUGGUUUUUUGAUCAUUUUUGUCCUUCCCUACGUACCUGCGAUGAAGGGCAUGGUUUUGUGGGUAUGAUAAUUUCACAUCUGGGGCAGGUUUCAUAAAACUUGUUGUAAUAGCAAAUUUGCAAUAACGAUUUCAAGCUACUGAAAUCCUUCGAUCUGAUUGGUUGAUAGUAGAUUUGUUAUCAUAGCAAGUCUUCAUGAAAUGAUACCCCGGGCUCCGUAACACAAAGAUUAGCGAUCAAUCGCUAAAUGAACUGACCAAUCAAUAUCAAUUUUACACGCGCAUUCGGUUUAAAAUGCUGACCAGGGACCAAUCAGUGCGCUUCUUUCAUAUUUGCAAUCCAUCGCAAACCUUUGUGUUACGGAGCCCAGAUUGUGAAGAAUUUGUUCUGAUGUAUUUCAUAAUGCAGGUGGAGUUGUGAUGACACACUCCAUAACUUGUGAUGAGUAAAGAAACCAAACAAGAACAACAAGGAGACAAAACCCUGCACCAAUGUUACGUGGAGAUGAAUGGGAAUUUUCCAGGAAACUUACAUUAAUGUCAUUUAUUAAUGUUUGAAUUUCGAUUUCACUCCAGAAAGGUUGCCAUGCCUUAAACAAACACCUUUAUGCAGGAUGACGGGGAAAGAAAAUGAUAAUUUGUCUUGUGUAUUUCAUGAUAAAAAAAAAUCACACAUUAUUAUGAUGUAUUUGUUGUGCUUCUGUUUUAUUUCCUCUUUAAAUCGUCUCUCUCAGAUCUAUAGUUCUCUCCAUUAUAAGGGGAAAUUAAGAAAAGAUAUUGUUAUAUUCAGUAUUGGUGAAGGAAAUUGUGUUUUAUAUUUCAAUACUGAAUUCAAUUCUGAUUGUACAUUUAUUUCUGUUAUUUUCCAUUUCUCAAUGAUAUUGCGAAUCAUGCUUGUGUCUGUUUAUGUUUUGUCUAUUCAUUCAUUGUACUAAGAGGUGUUUGGUAUGUCGAUGCACACCCACAGGAGAUGUAUCAUAUAUAUUUAUACAGUGCAAGUGCCGAUACCUUCUAUGUACAGUCCAGAAACACAUUAAAUUUAAUUAAAGAUACUCUGUAAAA